UAUAAGAAAAAAGGAUAAAAGCGGGCCAAAAGAGACGUCACAAAAUUCACGACGCCGAAAGUAAAUUUUAUCUAUUUAUAACUUGUGGAAUGCUAAUUGCCUCUAGUUAUUAGCAGCUGUAAUAGUUUGUUUUUGUUCUCUUUAUCAUAAAUUCAAAUUACACAAGAAUUUGCUGUCCCAUAUCUCAAAAUGUUGGGUUCGGGUGACGGUAGCCACAUUAUCAAACUACGGGGUUUGCCUUUCUCUACGACAAUUGAAGAUGUCCUCGAUUUUUUAAACGGCGUAAAUGUUUUGAAUGAAAAGGAUGGUGUUCACUUGACUGAAGUACGACCUGGAAGGCCAUCAGGAGAAUGUUUUGUUGAGGUGCAAAGUCAAGAAGACGUAGAGGAGGCUCUGAAAAAAGACAAGGAAAACAUGGGGAAAAGAUACAUUGAAGUAUUUUCUACUGACCGCCAAGACAUGGAAUGGGCUUUGAACGCUAUGCGUCAAAGUGAAAAUGGCUUCGAUAGUAUACCCAAUGUCACCGAUGAUGUAGGUGUCGUUAAACUGAGAGGCUUGCCUUUCGGUUGCUCUAAAGAAGAAAUUGUGCAGUUUUUUAGCGGGCUGACGGUGGCCCCUGACUGGGUGCACUUGCUCUCCGACCACACGGGGCGGGCCUCGGGCGAGGCGUUUGUAUACUUCGUUGACAAGCAGAGCGCUCAAGACGCUCUCAACAGGGACAGGGAGAAAAUAGGACACAGAUACAUAGAGGUGUUCAUGAGCUCCGCGGACGAGAUGCGAGCGUACCGCUCGCGUAUGGAGAGCGGUGGCGGGUUCAAAUCCUCGAGAGGCUACCGACCCACGCCCUACGAUAGGAAUGACAGAUAUGGAAGCCGUUUCGGAAACAGGGGACGGGGAAGCUCGUUCGGACGAGAUCCGUCUCACGUUACAGGCGGCAGCGGUGGCGGUGGUGGUAACAGUAGUGGUGGCGGGGGUGGCUACUCUCGCGGCGGUGGUCGUCGCGGCGGCAGCUACUGCGUGCACAUGCGCGGAUUGCCCUUCAAGGCCACGCCGCAGGAUAUCGCUUACUUUUUUAAACCUAUCCGGCCGAUGAAUAUAAACAUCCUAUAUGAUAACAGCGGUAGACCAUCCGGUGAAGCAGACGUUGAAUUCGAAUGUCACGAAGACGCCAUGAGAGCUAUGAGACGAGACAAGAACAACAUGGACCACCGCUACAUUGAGCUUUUCCUCAACUCAUCCCCUGGAAGCAGCUUCAAGCCCACGAGAACGUUCCGAAACUAUUGAUCGUAUGCCUCCCAUCGCCGGAAGACCAGGAAAUAGAAUCCGGUAUCACUUGGCAAGAUAAAUCUACUUCUUACUUUGGGAACGGUUGAAUUAUUCGUGAAAUUUUGAAGUAAAACUAUAUUUGGAUUUAAACCACCCAUCUGUAUUGAGUUUUGUUGUUAUUAUAAAACAGGGUCGUCGUUAUACACUUAAUUUGAAAAAUAAAGUUUUUAUAAGAAAAAUAUCAAUUGCACGUAUAAUUUUCAUUUUUUUUUCAAUCACUGUAAAUACACUUUUUGUAAUUUCUAGAUUCGUAUUUUUAACUGAAAGGUAAAAGAUUACAUAACAGUUUUAAGUAAUAAGUUAUUUCAAUGUGAUGAUAUAAUAUUUAAAAGUUCAUGUGCAUCGUCAAAUUUAAAGUGAUUUGGAUUGGAGAUCCUGAAACGAUAUUCAUGUUUGACCGAUAUGUAAUGUGUAUAACUUAUCGUCAUAGAUCCGUUCACUCACGAAGCCGCUUCGCGUUAAAUUAUCUAAUUAGCGUUUAUUAACUAAUAUGAUCUAAUUUGUAUUUUUUUUGCUGUUUUUAUUCUUACAUUAGACAUCUCACGAACACUAAGAUAACGUGUAAAUUGAAUAUUUCCAGUGAAGGGGGUACUAUUUCAAAAGUGAAUAGAUCUAUAGAUGAUUACUGGAAUCACUCGAAAUUAAUAAAUACUAUGUGACCACCGAGAAAACUUAUCACAAUAAAUUAACUUUUUGAAAAGGAACAAAUUCAGGUCUAGAUCUUUCCAGGUAUAUUAAAUUUGACAAAAUAAUAUAUUUCAUUGUAAAGAUAUUCCGGACACAAAUUUUUUCCUCAAUCUCUUGAUAAUAUAACAAUUAUAACGAGUUCACAUUAUUGAUCUGCAACUACUGUUAUCGGAGUUGAAUUUAAAUGUUCUUGAUAGUUUUCAUUUGUCAAUUUUAAAUAGCAUUAUUAUUUAUAUUAAUAGUGAUUAUUAUUAUAAGUAUAUGUACGGUCCUAUUAAAAAAUGUAGUGUAGUGGUUAUAAAGGUGCACGCUGUCCCUUUCUGUCUUCUGUGAUUUGACAUUAGGAAGGAGACAAAGCAUUAUGGUAAACCGUUAUACAAUGUUUAUUAAUAAGGAAAGUAUAUGUUGUGAAAUUAAAAUUUUAAUAUAACACGGAUAGAUUUUGACUUUAGAUAAUAAAAUUUAGUCUGAAACUUAAUUUGAUACGACAUAGUACAUAAUAUGUUUAAGGCAUUAGAUUUGAGAAUUUGAUAAGUGAGAAAAAUGUUGAAAUAUUUUCUGUAAUGCUAACUUUGUAAUUACUUAAAUUAACUUUUUACAGGAUUUUAUAGAUAGGCAAGUUGUUUAUAAUAUUUCUGUUUUUAUUUCAACCGCGAGAGUUAGUAAAAAAUUAUGAGGUAUGAAUCUAAAAAAAGGUAGGCAAUUCUUUUAAAUAAUAACAUUUUUUGUCAUGUAUAAAAUUAGUUAAGAAGUUGUUAAUUAUUAUGCAUUAAACAGUUAAAAAAUUAAACUUUGAAGAUAUUUUUCUUUUUUUUCGUCAUAAAGUUUGAUGUUCGGAUACUCAAAUUUUAUUGAAAGAGUUUUCCCGCCAAGGUAUUUUUUUUUAUUGAUCGAGACAAUGAUCAAUGAGCGUUGUGUAAAAGAAUGGGGUCCAAAAUGGUUUUUGUAAAAAAAAAUUUACCAUUUUCGAUUGAUUUAAAUGUUUUCAUGUGUAAUAUUUCUUUGUAAUACGCACAAAGUAACCGCCGCCGUUACAUAUUGUUAUUGAUAAAUAAUAUUAACUAAUAAGUUUUUUGAACUUUCAAUUAUAUAAAUUCGUCCGUGAUUGUGAACUCAAAUUUUUAAAAAUACAUAUAGUUUUACAUAGUAAUAACCUUAAAAAAUUUUUAAUGUGUAGAUGAUUUCAAUAGAAUAUGUAAUCUGUGCUUAUAAACACUUGACCACAAUAUAAAAUAUGAAUAUUGCUUUAAGUUUGACUAUAAAGUGCUAACAAUUCUACAUUUGAAAUUGGUUUAUAUUCAAUUGAGGGUGGAAAGUGUCCAUAAAAUCUAUUGAUUCCUUGCAUAGACAAUAUAAUUUAUCUCUUUAAUAAACAAUACAAGAAAACCGUACAAAUUCUAUUGAAAUCCAAACGAGCGGGUCUUGUUUAAAUAUAUAAUUGAAAUGAACUGAGUUUUUCGAAUAUUAUAAGGCGGUGGUUGGAGUUAUGAAGAUAUUAUUAAGACCGUAUUACUAUCAUAUAAUAGAUAUAACAUAUGCUUGUAAGUUCUGAUCGAAAUAUUUUUAAAUAUGUUUAGUAAACAUAUAUAUAUAUAGUUUAUUUAAAUUAAUGUUGUACACGAAGUGUAAACAAAGUAACAUGAAAAAUCUCGCUCUUUAUAAUGUAUAAUAAACGCAGGAACAUAUCCUACAAUUCGCCAAAGGAAAAUCAAUUAUAUUUUUUUUGUUAAACAAUUUUUUAGUGUACUAUGACUAUAAAAGCGUCAUUGUUAUUACAGACACCAAACAUAUUGUAGUACAUAUGUGUUAUAUACGAUCGUAAAAUUGUAAAUGAUUACAUUAUGAUCUAUCUCGCGAGAUUGUAAACUGUCGAAUGAUUGUGAACGGUGAUUUUACUUACAAUAAAUCGAAUAAAAUAUCGAUCUCUCGGGUCUCGUUCUUUAGGGAAAUUCGCCGCUACUAAUAAUUUUAAGUUAAAUUGUAAACAUAGUACUAUAACCCAAACGGUCAUAAUGGGCACCAUUAGUUGACAAUAGUGUUGCAUAUCGAUAGUCCACUAUCGAUAGCCUGAAUAGUUUUCGAGGUUAACUAUCGACAGUCAAACUAUCGUUAGUUCUGCAACGCUGGUUGACAAUGAUCUAUAAAAUGACUUUUUAAAAAGACAUUUCCAUAAUAUUCGAUUCUCGGUUUGGCGAAUGUUAGUGUGUAUGACGUAGUUGUUAAAAUAGUUAAAUAUUUUUCGGACGUUAUAUUGUCAUGUGUCCUUUGUUUACACGUUUGUACGCGUAAUGAAUACAACGACAGCUAAAACUUGUUACAUAUUAUUGUUCUCUGGGACGUUUAGAUUGUAUUAGACGUAGAUACUUUUUACUUUAAUAAAUAUUGUAAAAAUU